AUGUUUUUUUCAUUCCAAGUGGUUGGGGAAUACAGUGAGACCAAAUUAAAAGAAUUGAAUGGCACUAAAAUAUACUUUUUCCUUAAGAAUUAGAUAAAUGACAAAUCUUAAUAAUUAAUUAAUAUUAUAUUAGAUGGCAAUCAAAAAUCACUAAUCGCUCGUUUAACAAGAGAGAUUUAUUCAUAAUUUUGCGAACUCUGUGAUUUUUCAAUAAAUGAAGAAAUCAACGCAUCUAAUGUCUAAUUAGCAUAAUAAUUUUAUUAAUAUCUCUCAAGAAUAACAAUUGAAUUAUAGGAUUUUACUUUUUUGUUAAACUUAAUCAAUGCCACAGAUACCUACUAAUUCUCAUGUAAUGCAACUACGAUUAUUGAUAAAUAAAAGGAGAUUUUCUUUUAAGUAUUGGAAUAGAUAUAUGGAAUUGGCAUUGGAAACUUAAAAAAUCCAGGAGUAAGUAUUUCAAUUGCUUUUGUUGAAUAUUUUAGACAAUUAUUGAUUAAAAAGUUUAGAGGAUAUCAAUUGAACUAUAAAAAGUAGAAAUAAUUGUUUUUAUUAUAAAAUGGAGACAUGUAUUUUUUGAUUUAACUUUAGAAUAGUAUCCAAAUUCAACAAUUAAAUGACAAUCCCACUAUCAACAAGUAGGGUUAUACACUUUUAAAAACCACGUUUUUGUUAUUAAUAAAGUUUAUUAUCAGAAUAAUCUUUAAUAUAAAUUGUUAGUGAGGGUGUUUUGGAUGAGAAUUUUGAUUAGAAUGGAUAAACAAUUAUUUUAUCUCAAGGUAAUUUGGUUUAUUAAGGUAAUAUGUAAUCUGGUUUAUUAAAUGGCGAAGGGACAAUAAAGAAUCAAUAUAAUUAAAUAAUUUAUUAGGGUAAUUUUGUUCAUAAUAAAAAGCAUGGCUUUGGAAAAAUUGUUUACAAUAAUAGGUAUUAUUAUGGAUAAUUCAAUGAUGAUAUGAUGCAUGGAUAAUUCUAGAUAUGCAAUGAAGAAAAUGGAUUGAUUUACUAUUUUUAUCGCAAUCAAUAGGUUAAUAAAUAAGAUUUCAAUUAACAAAAUACUUACUAAAUAACAUCUCAAGAGGGUAAUUAGACUAUUUCAAAAAUUCUUUCAAAUGAAUAGGUUUCAUAAAGUAUUUGUUCAUAUAAAGACUUUAACUUUCGAAUAUAGGCUUAUUAUGCCUUAAAUACUGGGCAUUGGUUGUUUGAAGAUUCAUUAGAUUACUUUUUGGAUUAUUUCAACCAUUUUUUUACUUAUUCCGAAAAGGCCACGAAUGGUUAGACUGUAAUUUUUAAUACAUAUGAAACUUCAAAAUAUAUCAAUUGCGAUUAUGAUUAGAAGUUUUAUUAUCAUGAAAUGUAAAUAAUGAUAAAAAAAUAAUAGACCGUAUUAGGAAUUGAAUUAGGAAAUUAGGAAUAAGAAAAGGAAAGUGUUUGUAAUGAAUUCUUAAAGAUCACAUUUCUUAGUAAUGAUAGAGGACAACAAAUAGCUACAUGUUUGUGAUUCUUUGUAUUAAGAGAAUAAGAGUCUGGAAUAGGCUUUUUAUAAUUUACUAAAAUUGGAAAACAGAAGUUGCAGAGUUUUGAAGUGUAGUUAAUAGAAGAAUGGGUAUGAUUGUGGUAUAUUUGCAUUGUUUUAUGCAAUUUAAUUUAUGAAAUAUGAUAAUUUGAGUAUGAAUGAGAUGGAGAAGAAAUUACGUUUAGAAGAUCCUGGUUAAAUUAGAUGGCAAUUGAAACAAUUUGUAAAAUAUAAUCAUGAUUAUAUAUUAACAAACUUUUGA